AUGCCUCUCCUCUUUCUCCUCAGUAUCCACAAGACCUUCCUGAAGCUCUGCCCCUCAAGGAAGCACUAUAAGGAGGCCACACUGACCAUGGACCAGGUCAGCUCCCUUCCUGCUCUGAGGGUAAACCCUUUCAGAGACCGAAUCUGCAGGGUGUUCUCCCACAACGGUGUGUUUUCUUUCGAAGAUGUGCUGGGCAUGGCAUCGGUGUUCAGUGAGCAGGCCUGCCCCAGCCUGAAGAUAGAAUACGCCUUUCGCAUCUAUGAUUUUAACGAGAACGGCUUCAUCGACGAGGAAGACCUCCAGAAAAUCGUGCUAAGGCUGCUGAAAAGUGACGACGUGUCUGAGGAUCUGUUGAUGGACGUCACGCACCACGUCCUGAGCGAGUCAGAUCUGGACAAUGACAACAUGCUGUCCUUCUCUGAGUUUGAACACGCAAUGGCCAAAUCUCCAGAUUUCAUGAACUCCUUUCGGAUUCAUUUCUGGGGAUGUUGA